AUGCCUCCCAAGCAAGCAACCAGCGCGUCCAAGAAGGCGGCGCCCGCGGCCCACGCUUCCUAUCGUGAAAUGAUCAAGGACGCUAUUGUCAACCUGAAAGAGCGCAAUGGUUCCAGCCGUCAGGCGAUCAAGAAGUAUGUCAUGUCAAACAACAAGGUGACAAUCGCGUCUCAGAGCGCCUUCGAUGCCCAGUUCAACAAGGCUAUCAAGACCGGUGCCGAGAAGGGCGAGUUCUCUCAGCCUAAGGGACCCUCUGGCCCCGUGAAGCUGGCUAAGAAGGACGCGGCUGAUAAGCCUGCCGCGAAGCCCGCUGCUAAGCCCGCGGCCAAGGCUACCCCCAAGACUGCGACAAAGGCCACUGCUACCAAGGCUGCCCCCAAGACCGCCGCCAAGAAGGCCGCACCCAAGAAGUCUGCCGCCACCAAGGCUGCCCCCAAGAAGACCGCGGCCAAGGCUGCUCCCAAGACAGCUACUAAGAAGGCUGCUGCCAAGCCCAAGGCCAACUCUGGCAAGGUCCGCAAGACCUCAACCGUGGCCCCCGCCAUCGUCGAGAAGCCCAAGGUCGUCAGCAAGACCAAGUCCGGCCGCGUCACUAAGACCACUGCCCCCCCGACACCCAAGGCAGCGGCCAAGAAGCGUGUCACCAAGAAAUAA